GUGUGUCCCACCAUCAUGUUCUGGAAGUUUGAUUUGAACACGACGUCGCACGUGGAUAAGCUGCUGGAUAAAGAAGAUGUGACACUUCACGAGCUGAUGGAUGAAGAUGACAUCUUACAGGAGUGCAAGGCUCAGAACCGCAAGCUGCUGGAUUUCCUCUGCCAGCAGCACUGCAUGGAGGAGCUGGUCAACCUCAUCACACAUGAACCCCCCAUGGACAUGGAUGAGAAGGUCCGCUUCAAGUACCCCAACACCGCCUGCGAGCUGCUGACCUCCGACGUGCCCCAGAUCAACGACAAGCUGGGGGGGGAUGAGACGCUGCUCAACAUCCUCUAUGAUUUCUUGGAUCACGAGCCGCCCCUGAACCCACUGCUCGCCAGCUUCUUCAGCAAGACCAUCGGGAAUCUCAUCGCAAGGAAAACAGAGCAGGUACCCGUUCCAUUCAGUGCUUUAAGUGCUCUGUGACAGCUUCAUCAGUGA